UAUGCUAAAGGUAAUUGGCUUUUUAUUAUUGCUUCAUUCAGCCAUUUCAUUAAUUAGAUAUAGAAAGCAUUUAAUCUAUAAGGACAUGGCUGAUUAAUACCAUAUACCUUUAGAUGUAUUAAUAUUUAUAAAUCUGAUAGAUAUUGUUGGAGAUAAUUAUUGGAUUUGCUUUGAACUUGUUUUUUGGAGUUAUUAUGGAUAAAAGAUUUGUUAACAUUCAUGAAUUUCCUCAUAAAAAAACGUAUACUUUAAAUUAACAAUCAUAGAUAUGACUAGGCAUUCCAAAGACUUAAUUUUAGAUAACCAUGUGGAAGAGGAGGAGUAUUAUAAUCAGUAGUAAGAGAUAAAAUUGGAAAUUUUGACAUAAAAAAUUGAU